ACGGAAUUUCAAUUUCUAAUUUCCAAGCAAACCUGCUUUUUUCGAAUGGGCAAGUGAGAAAAAAAAAAGAAAGCAAAAAUAUGUUUUGAUCGAUCAUUUGAACCUUUAACGGAUCAUUCGUUCCAACAACAUGAGUAAAGCAGAAAAAGCUCCUUCUGUAAAGUCUUCAAAGACUUUCACUAGCAGAAUCAAUAAAGUAGAUGAUGUAAAGUUGAAAAAGGGGAUUAAAAAAGACAUGGCUGGUCAAAAAACGGAAGGACUUGAAGAAAAGAAAUUGACUCAAGGACAAAAGUUGUUGAAGGCCAUGACAGCACAAAAAGCAGCUAAGCAAGCUCUUAUGAAAGGAGUGGAGAAGACACAUGUAACAUUUGACGAAGAAGGCAAUGAGGCGAAUGUUGAGAAGGUCGUUCAAAAAUCAUUGAAGAAACCUACCAAUACAGCAUCGAAAAAUGAUAAAUCAGCAACGGAUAAAAAGGCAACACCUACAAAGAAACGGAAAGCAGAGGCAAUGAAGGAUGCUGUUCAGGAAAAAACUGGCGAUGAGAAUGACGACGAAUUGAAGAAAAAGCAACCAAAAAAGCCUAAAAAAUCAAAGAAGGAAAAGAAGGAACAAAAGCAAGCAGAAGAAACAGAAAAGAAGGAAUCCAAACAGGAAGAGGCACUUGCGUAUGUGCGCCUGUUCGUUCAAAACCGUGCUUCUUGGAAAUUUAAAAAGAUGUUACAGAUUUGGUUAUUGCAACAUUUGUACACGAUUCCUGAAAGCGAAUUUGAUAAUGUAUUGAUAUAUCUUAAAGAUAUCCAAGGCUCAGCACGUGAGAACACCAAGAAGGAAGCAGAGGGCAUUAUUUCUGCGACCUUGAAGGAUGAGAACCCAACAACAGCUUCUCAGAAUAAUGGUUACGACGAUAAUGAUGAUGAUGACUUUGAUGCAGAGAAACUACUAGCCGCAGUAGGUGGCUCAGGAGGGCACCAAGCGCAACCACAGCAACAGCAAUUAUAUGAAGUAAAUGAGGACGACAGCGAUAAAAUUAAACGAGCAAAACUGAUUUUCAAAUCACUUUCAUAAUAAAAGUGUGAACAAAAUGUCAAGUUUGUUCAUUAUGAAAAGCUUUAGUGUAUUUACUUUUUGUGAAGGCCAAUGAAGAGCUUUUUUUAUGUUAUCGCUUUCUAUUCAUGCUAGUGGUUACACUUCGAUCGGGAAUUAUAUGAAAGAUAUUGAACCUAGUGGCAGCGCAAUAAUCUUUUCGUCACAGAUUUGGAAGCACCAGUUUGACUGGUCCUCUACUUGCAGUUUAAGGCUAUUCCACCAAAUAAACUUACUAUUUAGAUAGAAAUUGUUUGGUUCGUACCUGAAGCAUUCAUUAUCAAGGAACGGAACAAGCAAAUGACGAUAGCAUAAGUUUCCGAUAGACAAUGAUGUUAAAGUCUAGUAAAAGCAGCGGAACCCAUUCGUUUUGAAGUAGGGAAUGCAGUUUGUUUUAAUAUAGAGAGAAUAUUUCAAAUAAUUAGACUUCUGCUCACAUUUGGUUUUUUCUUUUUUUU